AUGAUCACACGAUCUUAUCGUCCACUAAGCGCAGGGCAAAUACGGCAUAGCCUCGGGCAUCAUCAACAGUUGAGGUUCUUGGCUUCGCGUCUUUCGUUGUUGAGCUAUAAUGAUAAGGAGAUCACGGUGGAGAUUGACGAAGCCCCCGUGACUUUCAAAAACGUGUUUUUGAGAGACUGCUGCACCUCGCUGGACUCUAUAGACCAUACUAGUCAGAAACUAUUCACCACAGCUGAAGGAGCUACCAACCUCCGCAUCAAGAAAAGACCCAUUGUUGAACACCUUUUCGAGCCAACUCUACAUGUUCAAUGGGAUAGCAAUGGCAAGACGGUGAAUUCAUCCUACGACUUGUCCUUUUUGAUCAAAAACUCCAACGCUGAAAAUCGAAGAUUGGGGAAAUUCUUUGACCAUGACCGAAAACUUUGGGAUCAAGCCGAAAUCAGGGCCAAUUUGGACUCGAUCCAUCAUAAAUACGAUGCAUUUUUGCAAGAUGAACUGGUGUUUUUCAAAGCAUUGCACAAUUUGAACCGCUACGGCUUAUGCUUCAUUGACGAGAUCCCUAGACCUGCAUUGGACGCGAUGGACGAAUCCAACGUCCAACUUUGGCCCGUAGCUAAACUCGCUGAAAAAUUCGGCUACAUCAAAAAGACAUUCUACGGCUCUUUGUUUGACGUCAAGAACUUGAAAUCCAAGGCCAAAAACAUUGCAUACACCAACACCUUCCUCCCUUUGCACAUGGACUUGCUCUACUACGAGUCUCCACCUGGUUUGCAAUUGUUGCACGCGAUAGAUAAUUCAACCUUGGGCGGUGAAAACAUCUUUUGCGAUUCCUUCUUAGCUGCCGAACACGUGAGACUCCAUGACCCGCGCGCUUAUCACGCCCUCACCAAGAUCCCCAUCACCUACCACUACGAUAACAACAAUGAAUAUUAUUACUACAAGAGACCCUUGGUUGUCGAGGAUAAUGAAGCCGCGGGCGAUGAAUUCCCCAGGAUUCACUGUGUCAAUUACUCGCCGCCCUUCCAAGGUCCGUUUGAAAUUGGCGUGACUAAAAGUGAUGGUGCUGAGCAUUAUAAACAGUUUGAUGAUUUCAUUCGAGGUUUCCAAAUGUUUGAAAAGGCCAUUAAUGACCCUAGGAAUCAGUACCAGGUCAAAUUGCCCGAAGGAACGUGUGCCAUUUUUGAAAACCGAAGAACAUUGCAUUCGAGAAACGAAUUUUCCGAUGAAAAUGGCGGCGAUCGGUGGCUCAUGGGCACUUAUGUUGACGGCGAUAGUUUCAGAUCGAAAUUGAGAAUUGGCUAUAGAAACAUUCAAGUGUAA